GUGUCCGUGUCGGUCAAUUAAUACGGUGCCGUCUUAAUCUAGAAAUUCAUCUAUUAUUUUACAUUUGUACUUUCUUCUUCGUGUAUUCAUUCCUUCUUCUCUCUUUCAAUUCUCAACUUCUCAAGACUAAACGCAUAGACAGCGACCUAUUUUUGUACGAAAACUACCGUUUCGUAUCAGACAUGUCUUACGAUUAUCUCUUCAAGUACAUAAUCAUCGGAGAUACUGGAGUAGGGAAAUCAUGUCUGCUAUUACAGUUCACUGACAAGAGGUUCCAGCCAGUUCAUGAUCUCACCAUUGGUGUUGAGUUUGGUGCUCGUAUGGUUACCAUCGAUGGCCGUCCUAUCAAGCUUCAGAUUUGGGACACUGCUGGGCAAGAAUCUUUCAGAUCCAUCACGAGAUCUUAUUACAGAGGAGCAGCUGGAGCACUUCUGGUUUAUGAUAUAACUAGGAGAGAGACAUUUAAUCAUUUGGCAAGCUGGCUAGAGGAUGCCAGGCAGCAUGCAAAUCCCAAUAUGACAAUUAUGCUCAUUGGGAACAAGUGUGAUCUUGCACAUCGGAGGGCUGUUAGCAAGGAGGAAGGAGAACAGUUUGCAAAGGAAAACGGGCUUUUAUUUUUGGAAGCAUCUGCAAGAACAGCUCAGAAUGUUGAAGAGGCCUUCAUAAAAACUGCUGCCAAGAUCCUUCAAAAUAUUCAGGAAGGCGUGUUUGAUGUAUCCAAUGAGUCAUCUGGAAUAAAGGUUGGGUAUGGACGCCCACAAGGUCCAUCAGGCGCUAGAGAUGGAGCAGUUGCUCAGAGAAGUGGAUGUUGCAGUUGAAUGGAACCAAAAUUGAAAGUCUGUAGUUAAUCCCUUUCUGGAAUUUACAUAGGCCUUCUACACACUAAUAUGGAUAUAUAAUCCUCAAAAAAAAAAAUGUGAUCAAACUUUAUGGAUGACAUUCAAUGUAUAGAUCUUAUCUCACCUGUCUUUUGCACUGAAUCAAUGUCACUGUCCUCCAUUCAUCUCAUUUUAGUGCCCAAAGAUUGCUUUAUGGGUGUAGU